CCGCGGGCUCCCCCGUGUCCGCGUCUCCCGGCUCUCUUCCCGCCGCGGCGCUGCCGGAGGGCGCCGGGAAACUCCUCGGGAAGGUGGUUGAUUGAAAGGUGAGCAGGAAGAAAGCGAGCGCUGGAAAACCCCCUCUGCUUUCUAGCUCGAUGCCUGCCAGAUGUUUGAGCUGUGCGGGAAUAGAUUUUGAACCUCUCCGGGAAGCUGGGAAAUCUGACCAAGCUGGCGCUGCCCACUGACAGCGGGGGAAACAGGAACUACCAAAGGAAACAAGUCAUCGCCUCGGCGUCACUUUUGGCCACAGUGCAGAUGCACAAGCACUCGGGGCAGGGUUUCUUUUCCUUUUGUGUGUUGAGCAGACAGCAGCUACAGCUGUGGCUUUCAAGCUGGCAGUUCCCGAACGCGGCAGAGGCGCAGAGAUGUUCCUGCCAUGCCUGAGAGGGGGCAUAAGUUGUUAAUGGCUUUGUCAUCGCAGAGGAAGCAAUCAUUCGCUGAAAGUGGCAGCAGAAAAACGAUGUGUCGCUCGGACAAGGUCACCAGAGCGAUGGCCUCGCAGGAGCAGGUCUGGCCAGUCCCAAUGAAGGCAAUUGGAGCACAAAACCUUCUGACAAUGCCUGGAGGAGUCACCAAGUCAGGGUAUCUUCAUAAAAAGGGAGGCACCCAGCUGCAGAUCCUGAAGUGGCCACUGAGAUUUGUGAUUAUCCACGAGGGAUGUAUCUACUAUUUUAAGAGCAGCACAUCUGCAUCUCCCCAGGGUGCCUUUUCUUUGAAAGGUUACAACAGGGUUAUGCGGGCAGCUGAGGAGACAACAUCAAGCAAUGUGUUUCCUUUCAAGUUAGUUCACAUAAGCAAGAAGCACAGGACGUGGUUUUUUUCAGCUUCUUCUGAAGAUGAAAGAAAGAAUUGGAUGCUAUCCUUGAGAAGGGAAAUUGAUCACUACCAUGAGAAGAAAGAAACAAUAACUGAAUUCAGUGACUCUGGUUCUGAUGCAGACAGUUUCUAUGGCUCAGUAGAACGUCCCAUUGACAUCAAGUAUUCCCAUCAUUCAGCAGAUAAUGAAGAUUAUGACCAGGAGGAAGAGGAUGAGUCUUAUUUGCAGCCGGAUACUUCUGACAUAGUGAAAGAUGAUAUGGUCCUGCCCCCUGCGUACCCGCCUCCGCCCGUUCCUCACGUCAGGAAAUCUCCCUACUCAGACGUGAGGGCGAACUCCUAUGCUGGCAAACCAACGGCACCGGUUCCACCGCCACCUCCAAAGAGAAGCUUACCUGAAAUCAAACUGGAGCCACCCCCUGUGCCCCCUUUACCUGUGUUCAAAAAGCCUGCAGGGGGCAAAGAGUCUCACCCGCUGCCUCCGGAGCCUCUGCCUCCGGCCCAAGGCCUUGCUCCUCCAGAAGCAUGCGAGAAGUUAAAAAGCUUAAACCUUUGCCCGUGGACUCCUCCUCCUCUGCCAGCCAAUAAACCCAAGUUGUCACAGCUUGCUGAAAAGCUAGCAGAGCCCAAAGUGCCAAGGGAACAUGGUAAACCUGGACUGUUUGUGCCACCAGUGCUCCCAAAGCCACCUGUGCCAAGCCACCAGCCCCCUGCAGUCAAGCCUAGAACAGAGAAAUCUUUAUGUCCCCAGUUACAGAGAUCACCACCAGAUGGACAGAGUUUUAGAAGUUUUUCAUUUGAAAAACCAGCACUACCAGCCAAGCCAAGCCAACCUGAUGAUGAUUCUGAUGAUGAUUAUGAAAAAGUUGGGCUGCCUGCUUCAGUAUUUCUUAAUACCACUGAAUCCUUUGAAGUUGAAAGGAUAUUUAAAGCUAAUAGCCCACAAGGACAGCCACAAAAUGGAUUGUACUGUAUUAGGAACUCAUCUACUAAGCCUGGAAAGGUAUUGGUUGUAUGGGAUGAACCUGCAGGAAAAGUGAGAAACUACAGAAUCUUUGAAAAGGAUGGCAAGUUUUACCUGGAUUCGGACAUCAUGUUUCUGAACAUGGGAAGUUUGGUGGAAUACUACAGCACUCAUGUCUUACCCAGUCAUGACAGCCUGAUUCUCAGGUGUCCUUAUGGUUACUCUAAGCCAAGGUGACAAGACAGCCAUGGUUCACUGACACCCUGCUGCCCCUGAGGACAGGACUCCUGCCCCUCUUGGACAUCCUGCUGUUUGCACACACAAACUGAGUCUGUUUCCACCAUUUAUUCUCACAUGAAUUGUUGUAUAAAUUCCAUUUAAUGAACUUCUGGUAAAACCUUAAAGUCCAGAUCAGCGGAUUUUAUGGUCUUUUCUUUUACAAAGAUCUGAACUGAUUAUGCUGUGAAAGCUGUCCAGGAUACACACACCUUUCAUAAAACUGCUGCUAUUACUAAUCUUGGAAUGUUGAAGAUGAACAUGAAAAAAAGAGGUGAUCUGAAUACAUCUGAUCUGGAAAAUGGAUACUUCUGAAAGUAUGUCAGAAUUUAUUUGUGACAGGGAAUACUAACACUCUGACUUGGAGGUACUACUCCUGAAGUCAGCAUUGGUGCUCAACUGAGAUAUUUUGUAUUACUUGUAUAGUUGAUGUGUACAUAAUGAAGAUUUCUGUGCUAAUUAUUUGAUUUACUCUAGGUAAAUAUGAUCAGGAAAUGAGGCUUUUUUUUAAAGCCACCUCUUACAUCCUUGUACCUUCUGAGUACAGUAAUCACUAUCAGGUACUAUCUGGCUGAUAUGGGUGUGGCAUCCCACAUACUGCUUAAUGACAUGCACUUCAGAUAAGUUUGGAACAAUAUUGAUUUGCCUUUCAUGGGAGCCCCUUUACCUAGUUCUGAACUGGAAGGGUUUGUCCCACUGGUUUUUUUAAAGGGUAUGAGAAAAGAGAAAGGGUUACUUGAGUUUUUAGGGGAAAGGAAGGGAGUAAUUGGAAUGUUCCAAAUCCCGAGUAGCAGUUUUAUCUCAUGCUGCCAUAGUCAAAGGUUCUUUAAACAAAGCACAAAAAACGACCUGAGACCAUGAUUGUAAUGCUACUAUUGCUCCAUAAAUCCUUGUGGUCAGUCUCUUAGGAACAGGUUGUCUGCCCAUUGAAUUCUUUUCUGUUCUAGGGCAAAACGCACUACCCUAGUCUCCUACCACAAUUUUUUCCAUCAUUAGAAUUUCUACUCAAUUUGUAGUUGCAUGCAAAACAAAAUCUGUUUUUAACAUACUAGCAAUGAUAGACAUUACCAGGGUGCUUUUACCAUUUGUUCCCUAAUAUUUUGGGGACAGGUAUCCUAAAUCCAAGGGCUCGAUGUUUUUGCCAAAAUUAUUCUUGGAAAACACAUUUAUUUUAAUAAUAUUUUAAAUAUUUCUGUUGAUCCAAAAAUACUGUCAUAAUGGUGUCAUACUCUAAUAAUGUUUACAGAGUUUGUAAUAAUAGUAAAAAAAAAAAAAUACUGCCACUCCUGAAACAGACUGUAACUAGGUUUUAUCAGUCUGAAUCUGUAUCAAUCAACGUUUUCUUUUUUUUCUGUUACCUUUUCAAAGUUUAUACAUGCCCAUUUUAAUCUUGUUGCCAUUAGAUGGUCCCAACUUUGAAAUCAUAACAAAGCCAUUACAGAAGAAGAAUUUACUUUUAAUGAAAACAGUAAACCAGGAUUUAGUCCCUAGGGAAUUUUCCUUGCUCAGAUGGAAUAAGAGGAUCAUACACAGGAAUUGAGGCAGGAAACUCUGCCUCCAUCUUUUCCAAGAGACACAGACAUACAGUGUCAGACUUACAUACAGUUCCCACUGUAACAGGGCUUAAAAUUCAAGUACUUAAAAUUCAAAUUCUGUUGAAUGUUGGAUAUUUUGGGUCUAAUUCCUCUUAUUUGAAAUUAGUAUCCCUAUAGUGCACUACCCUGGCAUGACCCUCUCUAAAUAAGGCUCAGGGUAGACAGUAUUUUAAAAACUUUUUUGGCAGAUAGUUAUAUGUAUAUCAGAGUAAGUUCAAGUUUCUUGCUGUAUUCACACCUGUCUACAAAGUAAGACUUUCUCUGUCUGGGAAUAAUUGACUUCAUUGUAUCAUGACAAUCAUAUCUAUAGUAUGUUCUCUUUGGGGCCCUAUUCAGAUAUUUGAUUCUUUUCUCAACCUUACACUCAGAAGAUUUUUUUUAAAUUGUAAACAUCCAUUUAGGCCAUAACAUGCUUUUUACCUGUGUAAUACAAGAGUUGCAAAUAUGUAAAUUUUUGUGUUAAUUGCCUUUUGUAU